AUUCUGUCAGCCCUGCAGGGAGGAGAGGAGAGAGAGACCGGAGAGAAAGAAAGAGGGGAGAGAGAAUCAGGGGGUCAACUGUUUUGUCCCUUAUCCUACACUUUUAAAAGUGUUGUCUCCCCUUUGAACAUACAAGAUGGAGAACGCACACGCUAAGGAAACGGCCGAAUGCUUGGCCUACUUCGGUGUGAGCGAGACCACAGGCCUCUCUCCAGACCAGGUCAAGAAAAACCAGGCCAAGUAUGGAUUCAAUGAGCUGCCAGCCGAGGAGGGUAAGACCAUUUGGGAGCUAGUGGUUGAACAGUUUGAAGAUCUCUUGGUCAGGAUUCUGCUGUUGGCUGCUUGCAUAUCUUUUGUACUGGCCUGGUUUGAGGAAGGCGAGGAAACCGUCACUGCUUUUGUUGAGCCUUUUGUCAUCCUUCUCAUCCUUAUCGCCAAUGCUGUGGUCGGAGUGUGGCAGGAGCGUAAUGCAGAGAGCGCCAUCGAGGCUCUAAAGGAGUACGAGCCAGAGAUGGGCAAAGUUUACCGUGCUGACAGAAAGAGCGUACAGAGGAUCAAAGCCAGAGAGAUUGUCCCUGGAGACAUUGUGGAGAUCUCAGUUGGUGAUAAAGUCCCUGCUGAUAUCAGAAUCACUGCCAUCCGCUCCACAACCCUGCGUGUGGACCAGUCCAUCCUCACUGGUGAAUCCGUCAGUGUGAUUAAACACACAGAGUCUGUUCCUGACCCCAGGGCUGUCAACCAGGAUAAGAAGAACAUGCUUUUCUCUGGCACCAACAUCGCUGCUGGCAGGGCUAUUGGAGUUGCGGUUGCCACCGGUGUCUCCACUGAGAUCGGUAAGAUCCGUGACCAGAUGGCUGCCACUGAGCAGGAGAAAACCCCCCUGCAGCAGAAGCUGGAUGAGUUCGGUGAGCAGCUCUCCAAAGUCAUCUCCCUCAUCUGUGUGGCUGUCUGGCUCAUCAACAUUGGCCAUUUUAACGACCCCGUCCAUGGUGGCUCCUGGAUCCGUGGUGCCGUCUACUACUUCAAGAUCGCUGUGGCCCUCGCCGUGGCUGCCAUCCCAGAGGGUCUGCCAGCUGUCAUCACCACCUGCCUAGCUCUGGGAACCCGCCGCAUGGCUAAGAAGAACGCUAUUGUCCGUUCUCUUCCCUCUGUAGAGACUCUUGGCUGCACCUCUGUCAUUUGCUCAGACAAGACUGGCACCCUCACCACCAACCAGAUGUGUGUUACAAAGAUGUUCAUCAUUGAGAAAGUGGAUGGUGAAUCUGUGAGUCUUGACCAGUAUGACAUUUCUGGCUCCAAGUACACACCAGAGGGAGAAGUUACUAAGAAUGGACUUCCUGUCAAGUGUGGCAAAUACGAUGGCCUUGUUGAGCUGGCAACCAUUUGCGCCUUGUGCAAUGACUCCUCUCUGGACUACAAUGAGUCUAAAGGUAUCUAUGAGAAAGUGGGUGAGGCCACAGAGACUGCCCUGUGCUGCCUGGUUGAAAAGAUGAACGUGUUCAACACAGAGGUCCGUGGCCUGUCCAAGGUGGAGAGAGCCAAUGCAUGCUGCUCUGUAAUCAAGCAACUGAUGAGGAAGGACUUCACUCUUGAGUUCUCCCGUGACAGGAAGUCCAUGUCCGUCUACUGCUCCCCUGCCAAGGCCCCCAAGGCCUCUGUUGGCAACAAGAUGUUUAUCAAGGGCGCUCCUGAGGGUGUGAUUGACAGAUGUGCCUAUGUGCGUGUUGGCACCACCCGUGUGCCCCUGACUGGCCCAGUUAAGGAUAAGAUCAUGUCUGUGAUCAAGGAAUGGGGCACUGGACGUGAUACCCUCCGCUGCUUGGCCCUGGCAACCCGUGACAGCCCUCUGAGACAGGACGAAAUGAACCUGGAGGACUCCACUAAGUUUGUUGAAUAUGAGACUGAUCUCACCUUUGUGGGAUGUGUCGGUAUGCUGGACCCCCCUCGUAAAGAGGUCAUGGGCUCCAUUGAACUCUGUAAAGCUGCUGGCAUACGUGUUAUCAUGAUUACAGGUGAUAACAAGGGUACUGCUGUGGCUAUCUGCCGUCGUAUUGGCAUCUUCAGCGAUGAUGAAGAUGUGACCGGCCGUGCUUUCACCGGCCGGGAGUUUGAUGACCUGCCUCUGGCCCAGCAGAGAGAGGCAGUGCGCAAGGCCUGCUGUUAUGCCCGUGUCGAGCCCUCCCACAAAAGCAAGAUCGUUGAGUUUCUUCAGGGCUUUGAUGAGAUCACUGCCAUGACUGGUGAUGGUGUGAAUGAUGCUCCUGCCCUGAAGAAGGCAGAGAUUGGCAUUGCCAUGGGCUCUGGCACUGCUGUUGCCAAGUCAGCCUCUGAGAUGGUCCUGGCCGACGACAACUUCUCCAGCAUUGUGGCUGCUGUUGAGGAGGGCAGAGCCAUUUACAACAACAUGAAGCAGUUCAUCCGCUACCUCAUCUCCUCCAACGUCGGAGAGGUCGUGUGCAUUUUUCUGACUGCUGCUCUUGGUCUGCCUGAGGCUCUGAUCCCAGUUCAGCUAUUGUGGGUGAACUUGGUGACUGAUGGUCUUCCUGCCACCGCUCUGGGCUUCAACCCUCCUGAUCUGGACAUCAUGGGCAAGGCUCCCCGCUCCCCCAAAGAGCCCCUGAUCUCUGGCUGGCUAUUCUUCAGAUAUCUGGCCAUUGGAGGUUAUGUUGGUGCUGCAACGGUGGGUGCGGCUGCCUGGUGGUUCAUUUACUCUGACGAUGGCCCCAUGGUCUCCUUCUACCAGCUGUCCCACUUCAUGCAGUGCACUGCUGACAAUGAGGACUUUGCUGGCAUUGAAUGUGAAGUGUUUGAGGCUGCUCCACCCAUGACCAUGGCUCUGUCUGUGCUGGUCACCAUUGAGAUGUGCAAUGCCCUCAACAGCUUGUCUGAAAAUCAGUCUCUGGUGCGUAUGCCUCCAUGGAGCAACUUGUGGUUGGUGGGAGCCAUGACUCUCUCCAUGUCUCUGCACUUCAUGAUCAUCUAUGUGGACCCUCUGCCCAUGAUCUUCAAGCUAACCCAUCUCUCCGUGGACCAGUGGGUUGUGGUGCUCAAGCUCUCAAUUCCUGUUAUCUUUCUUGACGAGCUACUCAAGUUUGUCGCUCGCAACUACCUGGAGCCUUAAUCCUGCUCCCCUCCAUAUUCCUGUAACAAAACCAGUGAAAGAUGAGAAUCUAGUGUCCAAAAAAUGGGACUGAGGGAGAGAAGACGUCAAGAUGAGGAAGAACUGAAAAAUAUUGCUCCAAAAGGAAACAAUAAACACCGGGAGUGAUGAAGAAAGCCACUUUCACAUCAGUGAAAAUCGCCCAUAAAUGUACAACUUUGAGGGGGGAAAAAAAUAUUUAAAAGUAAAGUGUUAUGUUUAUGUAUUAAGACUUAAUUUAAUAUAUAUUGUUAUGAACAGUAUAUUCUAAUGAUAAUGCUAUUCUUAAAAUAAAGAUGUUUUAAAAAAAAAAAAAAAAGAA